CGGCGGCCGUUAACCUGAACGGGGUGACCGUUAACGUGCGCGCGACGGCCGUUAACUUGAACGGGGCGGCCGUUAACGUGUGCGCGGUGGCCGUUGACCUGCACGCGGCGACCGUUAACUUGAACGCGACGGCCGUUACCUGCGCGAGUGCUGGCUCCUCUUGUCGACCCUUAACGGGGACUGGUAAAAGGCAUUCAUUCCCCUUAAGAGAUCAAAAUGUUAUUUGCAUGGGUUGUGCCUUCAGCAGUUUGGUUUUUGGUGAGCUUCACAGCAGAAGCGUGUGUUAAAAGAAACAUGACUGCAAACAAACCCCAUGGCAUUGCAGAAGUAUGCGAUAAAGGAAACAUGACUGCUAACACUGCUUCUCACAUCCAGACUGGAACAAAUAUUACCCUCUCAUGCCAAUUAAAGCAACCAAAACRGGAAAAGCAAUGCAAGACAGCUAUUUUCUUUAACAGUUCUGAACUAAGUAGCAAUUAUGGCAGUUCGAUAAGCACCAGUUUUCUAGUCCGUACGUAUGGCAAACUCACGUUUACCUGCAAAGUAGUUUGUGAACACAGGAAAAACCUCAUCUGUGGAAUUGACAUAGAGUCUGGAAAUCCUCCAGAUCAACCAAAAAAUGUAUCGUGUAUACAGUAUGGGACAGAUAGUAAUCUUACCUGCACCUGGAGUAAAGGAAGAUUAACAUUUAUCAAAACUACAUAUAAAAUAAUGCUAUCAAAUGGGACUGAUAUGUUAUGUUUUUCAGAAGAAAAUGUCACUAAUAAAUCUGGCUUGCUGGUUCUGAACAUAAAUAUGAAUUUUAACUCCACGUACACAGUUGUGGUUGCUGCCUCCAAUGAACUAGGAAAAGCUUUUUCACAGCCAUUCGUGUUCAUGUUAAUAGACAUAGUGGAACCACAUCCUCCCAAUUUUUUAGUGAAAUUUGAGAAUUCUUCUGCAACAAACUGCACAGUUUUUUGGGGUGAUGAAGCACAAGCUCGGCACUUUAAACUAAGAUAUCGUUCACUUAACAGUUCCAUGUGGAAUAUGGUUGAAAGUUUAAACAGUGAAAAGUGCAAUCUUUAUGGUCUGGAGCCUUACACAGAGUACGAAUUCCAGGUUAGUUGUAAAAUUCACCCUGAGAGAGGUCUCUGGAGUAACUGGAGAACUCUUCAAACCCGGACCCCAGAAGCAGUGCCUGCCCAGCUCUCAGAUGUUUGGUACAAAAAGCAGGAUAUGAACUCUCAAGUGCAGAACAUUUCUCUUUUUUGGAAGGCUUUAAGCAAGUCAGAAGCAAGAGGAAAAAUCCUGCAGUACACAGUGACCUUUGAAGCACUAAACCGCACUCCCAAAGCAAUAGAAACCAAUGUUACCGUGCAGACCAGUUACUCCAGAGUCACUCCAAAGAUGGACUACAGCAUAACCAUCACUGCCCGUAACUCCAAGGGCAGCUCCCCUCCCGCCGCCCUUGUGACCAAGGUGACCGCGCAGGAUUUACCUUCUCCACGGAAUGUCUCUGCUAUCGCAAUGGGAAACAACAGCAUCUUAGUCAUCUGGAAACCUCCCAUUAAGUCUACAGCAUUCCUCAAUGGAUACAUAGUGGAGUGGAUAGAUAUACAUAGAAACAGGAGCCUGGAAUCCCACCCAAACUGGAUAAAACUUCUAGCAUCCAACCUGUCUGCAGUAAUAUCAGAGCACAUAAAAGAUCAUGUGUGCUAUCACAUUGCUGUAUCUGCACUUUAUCAGGACCGAGCUGGGGAAGUGGCAUCAGUUAGGGGAUACUCAAGAGAAAAAGCACCAUCAGUUGGGCCCCAGAUGUACCCAACCCUGCAGACAAAUGGCAUUUUGGUUUCAUGGGAAGAAAUCCCUGCCAACCAACAAAUGGGCUGCAUUACAGAGUACAAUAUCUACCUCCAAAAACAAGACAGCAAGGCAGCUCCAGAGGUCUACACCGUUCGCAACCUCACUGCCCGACGUUCAUUUUACAUCGCAAAUCUACAAGCUGGCGAGAACUAUUUUCUGUGGAUGACAGCGUCAACUGCUGCUGGAGAGAGUCCCCGGGGAAACAGYGAGAUCGUCUGCUUGGAAAGUGCUGGGGACUGGCUCAGCGUGGUGCUUGCCGGCUGCCUGCUCCUCCUCCCGGCCUGCGUGUGUGCGCUGCCUCCAGCACGGAAGGCCUUACACUUGCUCCUUUCUGUCAUCGCACCUCAGUGGUACGGCAAAGCUAUUCCCAGCCCUGCCAAUGCUUCAUGGGCUAAGAACUACACAUCUGUGAAGGGUGAGCUGAGUUUACCUCCCAGUCCGUUUCUCCCCAACGUGAGCAGCUUUGAAGAGCCUGAAAUAACAGAAGUGGAGGAAACCUUCAUGCAGCCAGACAGCCCCAUUCUCCAGGACAAAGUGCCCCUCAGCAGGAGCCAUAGCAGCGGAGGGCAGGGCUGGCACCUGGGAAGCAGCUUUGAGACCCAGGACGGGGAGUACGAGCCUCUCCCCAGCACGACCGAUGGAGACGGUUAUGAGCAGCAGCUCCCAUACCUGUACAGGAAGAUAGUAGCGGAGGUGACGGGGCAAAUGCAAACCUCAGACUACCUGGCUAACCCCUCUCCAGAAGCUCCGGCCUCCCUGCCCUCGGCUGCACUGUCACCCGGCACAGCCACGUGCGAGGACUACAAUCUCGACUGCAACCCAAUCUCCAUUUUCCCACCGACUGCAUUGCUGACAUCAGUAUUUUCCUACGGAGGGAGACUCACGCUGGAUACAGUAAAAAUAAACCRCAUCCUUCACGAGGUAGGGUGCCAGGGUGGUUUAACAGCCUGGCAUGGUUUUUCGCACUUUAGCGAGGCACUGCAACACGUGUUUCAAUGCAGCCAAUACAGCACCUUGUACGUGAUACCUCUUMCUGAAGUGACAGAACUCAGCGACCUUGCCAGCAUUGUCUUUACAGAACAGGAGCUGUGUAACGCAGAUCACACAGGCAGGACUGCGGGCAGCUCUGGUGCUAGCAGUGCUCGGGACCCGUCUCCUGCAGGGAUCACAGCCACGGCGCCCCCCCCCCCGGCUUUGUCCCGACACAAGGGCUCGCCGCUGCCGGCCCCUUGCUCCGUGUCACGUCCAGGGCAGUGCGCCGUGGCAGCCACGCAAGCCUCAGCACUUGACCACAGCACGAGACCGGCUGCAGCCCGUUCCCCUGCUGCACACAGCAGGUUUGAGAUGCAGCAAUUGGAAAUCUGCAUUAACUGCUGCUAA